CUUCAGCCAGCGUCGUUCAGGCUGGGCUGCCUCCGCGUUCCUCCUGUCUUCCAGAAGGAGGCAGCCCUGCUCGGACCCCUCUGGCGAGCCUCGGCUCGAUCGAGGGAUGGGGACGGAGCGCCACAGGCACCCAGCGCUGCCCACAAGCGGCACCGACGACGAGCUGGUGGAUGCGUGGGUCGAGUUUGCCCGCGGGGAGGCGCGCAAGCACAUGAAAUCCGUGCCCGCGAGCGUCUCCGGCAGCGCGACCAGCAUCCAGCUCGUGCUGGCCGCGUCCCCGAGGACGGCGACCGCGUGCUGGUUCUCGACCUCCGGGGCGGCCAGGCGCCCGAGCAGGCCGUGCGCCGGGCCGCGGCCCAAGACCCGGGCGCGGCGGUCAGCCUGCGGCUGAGCAUGGACACCGCGCGCGCCCUCGCCGCGGGGCGUCUGGGGCCUGCGAAGGCUUUUGCUCUGCGGAAAGUGACCAUCGAGAAGGGCGACGUCGCCCUGCUGACCCGGAUUGCGCGCGACCUCGCGGCGGUGGUGGAGCCCGCGGGGGGCGUCACGCCGUCCGUCAGCGUGGCCGUGGUCGGCUCAGGGGUGGACUGGGACGGCGGCGGGCGGUACGGCGUCUACACGAUCCAGGUGACGGAAGGUGCUGCCUCGUGGAUGGUCCGGCGGAGGUGGCGCCAGCUGCGCGCCGCGCACCAGGCCCUCGUCGCAUCGCACGGGGCCGGCGCCCCCGGCGGCGCGGCCAUCCCCGCCCUGCCGCGGAGCAGCCUCCCCCUCUGGGCCUCCGCCUCGGCGGCGCUGCUGCGCAGGCGGCCGGCGCUCAUCGAGCAGUGGCUGUCGAGCGUCCUCCGGGCGCUGCCGUGCAGCCCGGAGGCGGGCCUGGGGCCCCCGGCGCUGCUGGCGCUCCUGGGCGCCGGCACCGGCACCGGCGGGUGCUCGGCGCCAGCAGAGGCGCUCAGGCGCGACCUGGUGCAGUGCGGCGACGGCGAGGCUCCGCAAGGACAUGGGGAAGGCCUCAUGGCGCUGCGGCUGCACUCGCGCCUGGAGGUGCAGGCCGCGGCCGUGGAGACGCUCGUGGUGGGCGUCGCGCACAUGCGGGCGCUCGCGGGCGGCUGCGCAGUGGCGCUCGCGGUGGCGCUUCUCUCGCAGCUGGCCGCGCCGCCUGGAGACGCGCCUGCCUCGGCAGAGGACCCCGGCCUGCUGGUGCAGCCGCCGCUGCUGAUCCAGUGCGCCUCGGCUGCGGUGCUGCUGCUCGCGGUGGCGUGGUUGCUGCGCGCGAGCGCGCCUGGCGCUCUGGCUGCCCGGGCAGGGCUGCUGCUCCGCUACCUGCGCGUGUGCGUCCUCUUCGCCCGCGUCGUGGUCAGCUACAACGUCACGAAGUAUCUGGCCCGCUGGUUCUUCCCGUCCUCGAAGCAGGCGCUGUGGGACAGCUUCAACGAGUGGCUGGGCGGGAUGCUUUACAGGCAUCUGAUGCGGCUGGGAGGUUAUUGGUUGAAGGUGGGACAGUACAUGGCAUCACGAUCAGAUUUUGUCCCUGACCCCAUCAUAAAUCAGUUGAGCCGCAUGCUUGAUCGCAACCCUGCGCGGCCUCUGUCUGAAACGUUGGAUACAUUGAUGGAGGUGUGGGGCGCCUCAGCGACAAGCAUCAUCCAUUCGCUCAUUUCCGACCCAGUCUCCGUCGGGACCAUUGCGCAGGUGCACAUCGGAUGGUUGUGGUGCGACGGCGCAGACAAGAGACCACUCAAGGUGGCAAUCAAAGUGCAGCAUCAAGACAUAGCACCAAUCCUCCGCCAGGAUUUGAGGCAGAGUUUUGUGCUCGCUAUCGUGCUUCGAUGGCUUGAGCCCACUAUGGACUUCAUGCCUCUCCUGAACGAGCUCAACGCUGAGCACUUGAAGGAGCUAGACUUUCGGCAAGAGGCGCAGAACCUUGUUGAUGUUCGCAGCAACCUGGCGCGCAGUCGGAUACCAGUUAUCGUACCAGGCGUUAUCUCCAGCCUGACAUCCGAAAAGGUGCUCGUCAUGGAGUUCUGUCAGGGUGACAGUGUCAAAGAUGCUGUCGGCUUGACGCGUAAAGGAAUCGAUCUUGAGCAAUUGGUCUUGAGGAUUUGCGAGUUGUGGGCGCAUCAGAUGUUUUACGACGGUGUCUUCAAUGGCGACGCGCAUGCUGGAAACAUUCUGGUGCAGAACCAUCCAACAUUUGGGGCAACUCCUGUGCUUCUCGACUUUGGCCUGUGCAAGCGCCUUUCCUCGAUUGAGCAACUAGGCAUGUGCCAGCUCGUGCAUGCGUUGGAGGAGUUCGAUGGCGAUCUCAUCAUGCAGUCCCUUCAGAAUCUCGGAUUUGUAUUCCAGUCGGACGAGGUGGAGCCGACAGAGGUAUUCCGGGACAUGAUGUUUUUUUUCCGCUCCUCGGAGGGGGAUGCGGAGAGUUCGCGGGCCAAGGUCAGGGAAAAGGUAGACGAAGACAUGCGCCGCGGUGAAAUCUACAGCAAGGACGCCAAGCAGCACGUGAAGCAGGGCAAGAAGGCCCCCCUCGAGGCCUUACCCGGCGUCAUCGUUUUCGUGUUCAGGACCAUCGAAAUGUUGCAGGGGCUCUGUACGCGUCUCGGGGUCUCCGUGCCAUUCAUGCGGCCGAUGGCGCUGCACGCGCGCCAGUUUCUGCUCGCCAGCGCCAGAGGGGCGGAGGCGGCAGCUCGGCCCCCGCGGCCGGCGGCGGCGCUGCUCCCGCAGCAGUCCUGCGUGCCGCGCCCGCCCGCGGCCUCGCUGCAGGACCGGGCCCUCGCGCUCCUCCACGCGCUCGCGGAGACUGGCGAG